AUGGCCACUAAAGGAUCAAAGAAUAUAACAGGUGACCCAGAGAAGCUGUUCACCAAGCUUGAGAGGAUUGGGAAAGGAUCGUUUGGAGAGGUCUUUAAAGGCAUUGACAAUCGCACACAACAGGUGGUUGCUAUUAAGAUAAUUGACCUGGAGGAGACUGAAGAAGAGAUAGAAGACAUCCAACAGGAGAUCACUUUCCUCAGCCAGUGCAACAGCUCUUUUAUCACUAAAUACUAUGGCUCUUAUCUGAAGUACACAAAGAUAUGGCUCGUCAUGGAAUAUUUAGGAGGGGGCUCGGUUGUGGAUUUGCUGGGUCCUGGAGCUCUUGAUGAAUCCCAUAUUGCCACCAUCCUUCGAGCGAUCCUGAAGGGUCUGGAUUACCUACACUCCAAAAGAAAAAUUCACAGAGAUAUUAAAGCUGCUAACGUCCUGUUGUCAGAGCAGGGUGAUGUGAAGCUAGCUGAUUUUGGUGUGGCAGGACAGCUCACAGACACACAGAUCAAGAGGAACACAUUUGUGGGCACUCCAUUCUGGAUGGCACCAGAAGUCAUUGAACAGUCACCAUAUGACUCAAAGGCAGAUAUCUGGUCACUGGGCAUAACUGCAAUCGAGCUAGCAAAAGGAGAGCCGCCCCACUCUGAUCUUCACCCCAUGAAGGUGUUAUUUCUCAUCCCUAAGGAAAACUCACCCACACUGGACGGAAGCUGCAACAAAGCUCUCAAAGACUUUGUAGAUGCCUGUCUCAAUAAAGACCCCAAGCUUAGGCCAACAGCUGAAGAGCUUUUGAAACACAGAUUUAUUAUUCAGUAUGCCAAGAACACAUCAUAUCUGAUGGAUCUUAUUGACAAGUACAAGAUAUGGAAAAAAAAUGAGGCCAGUGAUGACUCCAGCUUCAAUUCAGAAUUAGAUGACAGUGAAGCAUCCGGAGGGUUCAUUGAUAAUGGCUGGAACUUCGAUACUGUCAUAAGAAAUAAGCCCACAGUUAAACAGAACAAAGUCAUAAAAAAUGAAGAGCUACACAAGUGGGUCCCAGACAGAGAAAAAAAGCCUCCGUUCAAUAGCAAAGAGUCAAAGUCCCCUGUUAUGUCCCCACAUUUUGCAGAGCUGAAGCAGAAGCAAGGUGUUAAGCCAGCAGUGCUAGAGGACCUGAACCAAGCCAUGCUGCUGGCUGAAGAGACAUGUUCCGGGAUCACUGACUCGAUGGUGAUGGGGCUUAUUGAGAAAAUAAAAUUGUAUGUUAGCUAG